CUCUUUCGACACGCAAGUUCGAUAAGUUGGGCCAUAUUCAUGUCAUCAUUCUUCUAGUCAGUCUAUCCCAUGAAGUGUCUGUCUCUCUCUACGAAUAUUCACUUUACUCGUGUAUCCGACCAAGCGUCUAAAUACUACGAUAAAGUUGGAAAUUCGAUACUUACUUAAUCCUAACUCCAUUGCCUUCAAAUGACAACAGUCACUUCGUGCAAGACACAAAACAUUCAUCGAUACUUCAAUCAUGACCAUGUAUUAAACAAAACAUCAUCGUAUAACAAUAUUGUCCAGUCGCUUCAUCACCCAAAGCCUCACUCAGGUGUCUGAGCUGACCACGGUGAGAACAAUCUCUGUUCACAAUUGGCCGAAACAUUUGUCAUACGACAACGGGGAUCCGAAAACGCGAGAGCCGAGCCAUCCUCUCGAUCAACGUUAGUAGUUCUCAACGUUAAGCGGGAAUUGAUUGCCGUUAUUCAGGUGUUGUAGCCUAUAGUGUACUAAGACCCCCCAAGGUAUGAUGACAGUGGUGGAGCGAAAGUGGUGAUGCGGCAUGAAGAUCGGAGAACGGACUUAGAUCUGAUUUCUAAUUUAUUUCCGAGUCUGCAGAAUCGACACUAGAAGCAUAACAGUGUCAUUGACUUCAAGAGAACUAACGUAACUCACUAGUUAGUAGAUAUCAGAUAUGGCAUACGCUGUGUGUUUAAUAUAAAUAUGAGUCUUGGCUCCCUCAUCGUGGCCGACUGCCCCUAUGCCUUGCAACAUUACCAACAGCCAUGGCCCCUAUACAUCGAAUAUUCUCAUCGGCUAAUAACAAGCCCUAUCGAACUAAGCAACUCGAGGAAGAAAACCCCCCGUACUUAAACGAGGAUGGCUACGUCGACUUUGCACCGGGCGAUAUUCAGAACCCACAGAAUUGGUCUACUGCUCGGCGCUGGUCUGUCACAUUCUCAGCUGUGUUGCUCGUACUGAAUGCCACUUUUGCAUCGAGCUCACCAAGUGGAUGCUUUCCGUCUAUCUCAGAACACUUCCACGUAUCCGAGUUGGUAGCAGGCUUGACAAUCACCCUGUUUUUACUGGGUUACUGUGCCGGACCGCUCAUCUUCGCACCACUAAGUGAGCUCUAUGGAAGAAGAUGGAUCUUCUACAUCACCUUUACGCUAUAUCUCAUCUUUAACUUUUUGUGUGCCUGGGCACCUAACUUUGGCGCCCUCCUUGUCGGUCGUUUCCUCACGGGAACCUUUGUCUCUGCACCCCUCAGCAAUGCACCUGGCGUACUCGCAGACCUGUGGACCCCGAUCGAGCGUGGCAAUGCCAUGGCAGGGUUCUCUGCUAUGGUAUGGGUCGGGCCAGCACUAGGGCCUGUCAUUGCUGGGUUCCUCGAGCUGAAGAAGGACUGGCGUUGGAGUUUCUAUGUGCUUCUCUGGCUUGGUGGUGCAACAGCUCUCAUCAUGUUAACUAUUCCCGAGACACAUGCUCCCACAAUUCUCCUUAAGAAGGCUCGAAGAAUACGGAAGGCAAAGAUUCCUGGAUAUGAGAAUGUAAAAGCUCGUUCUGAAGAGGGUGAUCGUACACUGAAGACUGUGUACCGUAUCGCCUUGACCAGGCCGUGGAUUAUCCUUUUCGACACCAUAUCAUUCCUCUGCGCAGUCUACAUGUCUGUAGUCUACACAUUAUUGUAUAUGCUUUUCAGCAUCUAUCCAAUCGUGUUUCAGCAGCGACGCGGCUGGAACCCCGGUGUCGGAGAGCUGCCCUUGAUUGGGACUGUAAUUGGUGCAUUCAUUGGUGGUGGCAUAGUUUUGAUUGAUACGAGAAUCCGAAAGAAAAAGAUUGAGAAUGGAGACAAACAGAUGGAGCCUGAAGAUAGACUGCCAUUGGCAAUGAUUGGAGGUGUUGGAUUUGCCGUGACCAUGUUCUGGUUUGCAUGGACGGCUGAGUACAAUUCUAUCCAUUGGAUCGUACCGACAUUGGCGGGAACUUUCCUAGCUACAUCUUUGAUGUUGAUCUUCGUGGCUUUCUUGACAUAUCUCGUCGACGUUUAUCUUAUGUACGCGGCAUCUGCUAUUGCAGCUAAUACCAUUGCUCGAUCAGCGUGCGGCGCUGCUGCCCCCUUAUUCACAACACAAAUGUUCGAUACACUGGGAGUUGGUGGUGGUGGAAGUCUGAUCGGAGGAGUUGCUACAGUUCUAGCCGUUAUCCCGUUUCUAUUCUACAGAUACGGUAGGCAGAUUAGAAUCAGAAGCAAAUUUGCACCGACAGAGGAGAAGAGCGAAGCUAGGGAGAAGGAUGAGGAACAGGCCAGCAACAAUGCCACUGCACGGAGGAACAGUAUCUUAUCUCAUUCAGAUAGAGCGAGUAGCUCGGAUACCACAGUGGCCGCAGCAUGAUACUGGAGGUCACAUUAAAGAAACAUGUGAGCUUUUGAUCGACGUUGAUGGAUAAUUCUUGGACAAUUUAUAGGCAGGCCCAGAAUAAUACUACGAAUCUAAAUUAAUCUCCGACAUUUAGAUAACGCGAUGACAGUGUGAGAGAGAAAACCCUUUCAGCUGUGUGUAUGAAUCUUUUUAGUACACCGAGUAUCGGAAUAUGCAUUUGCCGC